AUGGCACUUUUCAAAGACUAUCUACGUGAACAUGCUAAAUUCUAUUGCCCACCCGUCGACAGUCACCAGACGGGAACCACCGCCGUGACGGAUACUGAACUUCAGCAGGUGUACAAUCGCUGGGAAUCAGAUCAAACAAUAAUAGAAGCUCGCCAUGAUGCACAAUUGGUUGAUGCACUUAUCAAUGUUCUUGAUGAAGAGCUUGGUGAGAAACCUACUCCAGAGCACCUCAACGGAUGGCUCCAGCAACGAUAUUUCUUCGACAUACGAGAUAGCGAUGUCAUUACAAAGGAAUCAGAUGCAAAGGCCGCUAUGGAACGUGGGCCUCUGGACUUUUUAAAACACAGUAUGUCAGCCUGUGGGAAUCGCACCCAGAUCAACAGGGAUAACCCCGCUCCUAAUGUCGGUAAAUCUAACGUCGACUAUGUAUUAACCACAACGGAAGGCAAGAAGGCGUUGGCUGAAGCAAAGGCUCCGAGUAUCUUUGAUGAGGCUGCAGAGGAACUUCUUAAACCGUCCGAUGACGAAGUCGGCUUCGAGGUGCAAUUGAAUUUGCGGUCACCCGAGGUAGGAAUGAAAGUCAUUGUCAAGGCGUGUGUGUACAUGAUGAUAUACAGGGUGGAGUGGCUCGCGUUGUCAUGCUUUACAAAGUGGGUGUUCUUCCGACUCCACAUUCGUGGUGCAGGCGAACUGCCGUACGUCACGUAUUCGACUAUUGAAAAGCAAGAGGACAAUACCAGGCCAUUCCGUGCAUUGUUCGGGAUGAUGCUAGCUACUGCAAGGAAUGUCGACGUCCCCUCCAACGCUGACAUGGACGGCCAGCUUCGGCCAGCUCCAGUACAAGGAACUGAGGGACAGUCUGACGGAUCCGAACCGCAGGAGCAGUGCGAUCCAUCUUUUAAAGGUCGAGGCCAAGUGACAAGGGCUGAGCCACCCGAAACUCGGUCUCGUAGUAGGGAUGGCAAUUCAUUGGCUUUGUCUCCUGGCUUUCUUAUCACGUGGUCACCAAAAACCAUGUGGAAUAAGAAGUGGCUUGAAUUUCAUGUUGUGGACACUGAUGCAUUCCCGGCUUUGGAAAAAGACACCAUUCGACUUUAUGUUCAGCGCAGUAUUGGAUAUGGGUCAACCGGGACUGUUUUCGAGGUGAUUCCUGAUGGCGAUGAACAAAAUGGAGCUUUAGAACGUCGGAGAUAUGCAAUUAAGACGGUCGGGAAGGGUGAUACUGACAAAGAGAAGGGUUGUGCUCGACGUCUGCUCAACGAACUCGCUAUAUAUCGCCUCAUCUGUCAGACAUCCUCAGUAUCUAUGACGAUUGUUCCACAGUGUUAUGGACUUUUCGAAACAACGCGAACACUGGCAUUGGUGAUGGAUUAUGGAGGCGAUGUCCUCAGUCGUAAUGAGAAUUGGCCAGAACUGACACGCAAUGAGAGGCAUAAGCUGUACAAUGCAAUAUUAGCACUCCACAGACUUGGGGUUUAUCAUGGCGAUUUGGAACCCCGGAACAUUAUCCGUGGCAGCGACGGAUCGUUCAAAAUCAUCGACUUCACAUCGAGCACGUUACAUAACUGUGGUCAGCGUAACCAGGGUUGCGCAGAGUUGGCUCGAAUAAGAAAGCAGCUUAGACUGUAUGAUGAAAGGGUCCAACUUCCAGAAAGUCGUCUUGCUCGUUCGUCUUCACCAUUCCAUAAUAGUGGACAAUCAGGGGAUCUUGAAGAAUCAAUCGAAGUGCACGGUGCUGCUCUCAUUCUUUGUCCCGAGGGCCAUCUGGAUCGGUCUCAUUCAUUGGGCAAUCUAGCAAAUUCCCUGCGCAUUAGAUACCAGCAAAGCAGACGAUCAGAGGAUCUCGAAGAAUCAAUCGAACUGCACCGUGCUGCUCUCACUCUUCGUACCAAGGGCCAUCGGCAUCGGCAUUAUUCAUUGAACAAUCUAGCAACUUCCCUGCACAUUAGAUACAAACAGAGUGGACGGUCAGAGGACCUCGAAGAAGCAAUCGAACUGCACCGUGCUGCUCUCAUUCUUCGUCCCGAGGGCCAUCCGGGUCGGUCAUUGACUUUGGAAUGCCUCACCUAUUCGUUGUUCUCUCGAUACGAACAACUCGGAUGUACGAAUGACUUUGAAGAGUGUACGCAAUUGCUUCGGCAGGCGGCAGGCCAUAGAUUUUCUAGUUCAUUAGAUCGUCUACACGCCGCUCGACAAUGGGCAGAUCUUGCACAGUCGCACAAUCACCAAACAACUCUCACAGCAUACAGAGAGGCAAUGUUACUGUUGCAACAGGUUCUUACAAUCAGCCCUACCCUUCAUGCACAGCACGACUUUCUAAUCAGAAGUCAAGGACGUGGAACCUUGGCUAUGGAAGCAGCCUCCUAUGCCAUAGAAAAAGAUGAACCUGGCCAGGCUGUCGAGCUGUUGGAGCAAGGAAGGGCGUUGCUUUGGUCACAAAUGCGUGGAUUUAGGACUCCUCUUGACCAGCUUGCAGAAACAAAUGGAGAGCUCGUCGAAAGGUUCCGGAAUGACGGUCUCCACGAGCAGGAAUCCUUCGACAAGAUGAUAGCCCGCCAGCGGAAGCUCACUGAAGAACAGGAGAAGCUAGUUGAUGAAAUACGACGAGUACCUGGGUUUGAGAACUUCCUCUGUGUUGCACCGUUCGAAACGUUGAAGCAAGUCGCUUCAGAGGGACCUGUGAUUGUCAUAAACCACUGCAGAUAUCGAUGCGACGCACUCAUUAUCAUGCCUGCUGGACAUGGUCUGCCAAUUGCUUGCAUCCCACUGGACAAUGACUUCUACAUCGACUCCUGGUGGCUAUCCUACGGCCUUAUAGAAAAGCGUAACCGACAUAAACCUGGUUCGUCUGAGUAUGACAAGAAGCUUCGCGAAUCGAUGAAGAUGAUAUGGGACAGGGUCGUCUGCAAAGUCGUUGAUAAGCUCAAGGAGCAUGGAAUCACCGAAGGAUCACGUCCUUAUCGUGGUGCAGCCGGAAACAUGAAGUAUUUACUAGAUGACUACAUCUCAUCAUACACCCCAACGCUUGGAGCACUCAUCAAUGCACGAUCGCCCAGCACUGGGCGUGACCCGGAGAUUCUUAUUGUUGCAGAUACCAAAUCUCUUGACUGUACUGCGGCGGAAGUCAAUGCUAUCCGACAACGCACUCGCAACUACAAGAUACUCCGUGACGACCGAGCAUUACAUAAAGCGGUGGUGAAAAAUCUGCAGAAAGCGACAUGGGUCCAUUUCGCCUGUCACGGGCAUCUGGACAAAAGGCCAUUUGAUUCUUCAUUCAAACUAUUCGAUGGUGGCUUGACAUUACUCGACGUUAUCAGGGCAAACCUACCAAAUGCCGAAUUUGCGUUUCUCUCCGCCUGCCAUACUGCUGAGCAACCACAUAUGGGCACAUAUGAUGAAGUACUUCACCUAGCAGCGGCUAUGCAGUUCAGUGGGUUCCGGAGUGUGAUCGGCACAAUGUGGGAGCUUUACGAUCGGGAUGGACCUUCUUUAGCGAAGGGUGUUUACGAAUAUCUUGCCGGGGGCGAUGAGAACGAAGGGAGGUACAAGAGGGCGGCUGCAGGACUUCGUGAGGCCGUUGUGACGUUGAAAUCCAAGAAAGGGAUCCCGACGGAGAGAUGGGUUAACAUGAUACACAUUGGAGCUUAG